AUCUGCCUGUUGUAGGGGAAAGGGGAAAGGGUCGUUGCCAUGUUGCUGAAGGAGCUUCCUGCGCCCUCAGAAGGAAACCCCCUCCUCACGGUGACAACCAAGCUGGUUCGGGAGCAGCAGGAGAGUCGACCGUUGCUGAGUCCCUCCAUUGAUGACUUCCUGUCGGAGAUCCGGAGCGACGCCCCGUCCUCCCGCCCCCUCACCUCCAACACAGCAGUUCUGUCCACAGCUCUGGACUUGGUGGACCUCAGUGAGCCGGGGCAGAGCAGCGGGGGCAGUAAUAGUGGCAGUAGCAAGGAGCAGAGGAGAAGUCCUCUGAGGAGGAAGGGCAGCUCCAGGAGCCCUCGACGCCGGGCGAGACCUGACGAGACGGAGCUAAUCCAGGUGGAGGUGGAGCACCGGCCUGCCAGCCCCAGAACACCGGAGAAGAUCUCACUGGACUCAGUCAGUCUGUCUUCUCCUAUGGACAAAUGGGACGAGGUGAACCUGGACGUGGAGGACGGAGGACGCAGGGGGAGGCAAGAGAAGCGAUGCACCUCCCACCACUCCUCCAGUGAGCUGCUGUGGUCUGCAGAGUUUAAAACUGAUCCUCUAACAAAGAACUCCUUCGACAUCCACAGCUUCGAUGAUCUCGACUUCACAUCCUCCACACAGGACUGUGCUGCGUCCAGGCAGCGCAGACGGACUCGUUCCCUUAUGGCCAGAAACGAGUCCCUGGAGGACGAGUUUGUCAGAGCCAAGGCUGCAGUGGAGUCGGACACUGAGUUCUGGGACAAGAUGCAGGCGGAGUGGGAGGAGCUGGCUCGCAGGAACUGGCUGGAGGAGUCCGAGGGUCAGGGGUCGAUCCCCCCCCCCGUCUCACCUGCGGAGAAGAGUUACUACUUCAACACCAACAACCCGUACAAAGACUGGCCCAGCGCCUUCGCUGAGGGGCAGGAGAAAGCUCGGGAGGGAGACCUGAACGCUGCCGUGCUGCUGCUGGAGGCCGCCAUCCUGCAGGACCCGCAGGACUCUGAGGCCUGGCAGGUCUUAGGAAUGACUCAGGCUGAGAACGAGAACGAACAGGCCGCCAUCGUGUCACUGCAGAGGUGUCUGGAGCUCCGCCCCAACAACCUGCCGGCGCUCAUGGCGCUCGCCGUCAGUUUCACAAACAGCGGAAUGCCGCGGGAGGCCUGCGACGCUCUGCGCCGCUGGAUCAGCCAUAACCCUAACCCCAGAUACAAACACCUGCCUCUGGACCACAGGAGUCCGCUACGGGGCUCCCCGGCCACACCUCGCAGGGGCCCCCACACCUCCACACCAGCCAGGUACGAACACCUGAGCAGCUGA